AUGGCCAGCUCAGCCCGCGAACACCUGCUCUUCGUGCGCCGUCGCAACCCACAGCUCCGGUACACCCUGAGCCCCGAGAACCUGCAGAGCCUGGCCUCUCAGGGCCCCAUGCCUGAGAACAUGAACUUGCAGCGUGCCAACAGUGAUACCGAUUUAGUGACCUCAGAUAGCAGGUCCAGUUUGACAGCCAGCAUGUACGAAUACACCUUGGGACAGUCUCAGAACCUCAUCAUUUUCUGGGAUAUUAAGGAAGAAGUAGAUCCAACUGACUGGAUAGGACUUUAUCACAUAGAUGAGAACUCUCCAGCCAAUUUUUGGGAUUCCAAGAAUCGGGGAGUGACUGGCACGCAAAAAGGACAAAUUGUAUGGCGAAUUGAACCUGGCCCCUACUUCAUGGAAUCUGAAAUAAAGAUCUGUUUUAAAUACUACCAUGGUGUUAGUGGAGCCCUCCGAGCUACUACUCCAUGUAUCACUGUGAAAAACCCUGCUGUGAUGAUGGGAGUAGAAGGCACGGAUGAAGGUGCUUCUGGAGCCCAGCACUCCAGGAAAUUGGUCAGCUUUACCCUAUCAGAUAUUAGAGCAGCUGGACUUAAAAAGGGCAUGUUCUUCAACCCUGAUCCUUAUCUCAAGAUGUCCAUUCAGCCGGGCAAGAAAAGUACAUUUCCUACGUUUGCUCACCAUGGCCAGGAAAGAAGGUCGACUAUUGUCAGUAACACAACUAAUCCUGUUUGGCACAGAGAGAAAUAUUCUUUUGUUGCACUUCUAACAGAUGUCCUGGAAAUUGAGGUUAAAGACAAAUUUGCCAAGAGUCGUCCGAUCAUCAAGCGCUUCCUUGGGAAGUUAACCAUACCUGUUCAGAGACUGUUGGAGAGACAUGCAAUUGGAGACCAGGUUCUCAGCUAUAAUCUUGGCAGAAGGCUCCCAGCUGAUCAUGUUAGUGGGUAUCUCCAAUUCAAAGUGGAAAUCACAUCUUCUGCUCAUGAAGAUGCUUCACCAGAAACAGUUGGCACUUUGCUAGGAACAAACUCUGUAAAUGGAGACUUGGGGAGCCCUUCUGAUGAUGAGGACAUGCCAGCAGGACAUCAUGAUACAUCCACGGUGUGUUCCAAUGGCCCAGUCUUUGAGGAAUCUUCUGGAGACACAAUCCUGAGACACUCUUUAAGGACUAGUAGGACUCUAGAGACAGACCAGGAUGAGCUGACCUCUGGUGCUUCAAGAUCAUCCCCUCCCAGAGGCCGCCAGGACUCACUCAAUGACUAUCUCGAUGCCAUAGAACACAACAACCAUCCCAGACCAGGGACAUCUGCCUGCAGCGACCGUCCUCGAGGAGCCUCCCCAAAACUGAGGAGUAGCUUCCCUACUGACACAAGACUUAAUGCUAUGCUUCACAUUGACUCGGAUGAAGAGGAGCACGAGCUGCAUCAAGACCUGGGUUUUCCAUCUUCUUUGGAAGAUGAUGGUGGUUUAGUAAUGCUUAGUGGUGCUACCAGAAACGUUGGAAAAAAUGAAGUAAGUUCCUCAUCAGAUCAGGUAAUGCCAGGGCCUGCAGGGAGCAAAAGGGUUUCAGCCUCUGAUGAUGCUCCUUUGCCAUCAACUGAUGACCAGCAAGAUGCUCUCCCAGAGCUUCCAGCUCCGGAGGAAGGAGGUGAAAGCCUCCGGGGUUCUCAGGGGGAAGGCGCGGCGGAGCAGGCCGGCGGCGAGUGCCCUGCUCCUCCGCAGGCAGAGCAGGCUCCCGGCAGCGCGGACCCGGGAGCUGCGGAAGCCGCAGGGGGGGGCAGGAGGGGCGGCAGCGAAGCCGAGUCCAUUGACCAAGGCUCGGAGCCUUCCCAGCUGUCGUCAGAGACGGAGCAGAGCGAUCCCGCUCGCACCGAGAGCGUCAGCGAGGCCAGCACCCGGCCCGAGGGCGAGAGCGACGCCGAGGGCGCCGACAGCUCCUGCAACGAGAGCGCGACCGUGCGCCGCUCCUCCGUGGAAGCGCGCUGCUCCUCCUGCGAGAGCGCACCGCGUCCCGAAACUCCAGCCUUCUCCUCUCAGGAGGAAGAGGAGGGAGCCUCUGCCCCCGAGGCAGCCGCGGCAGAGCCGGGUGCCGAGGCGCAGGACUCUGCGAGCGCCGAUGUCUCUCUGCCUGCGGUGCAGUUACCUCAGGAGGAGGCGCCCGAGGCUGAGGCGGGUGAGCUGCAGGACCAAGAGGAAGCAGAAGAGAUCUGGCAGAGAAGAAGAAGCCUGCAGGCAGCAGCUGCCCAGAGCCAGUGUCAGGAUGAAGAAAUGGAGGGAGCACAGGCAGCUUGUGAGGGUGCCGCAGCACAGCUCGAAGGAGCUGUCGGAGGUUCUCCUGCCAAUGGCCAUCAGCCCUUGAGGUCCCUGCCGUCGGUGCGUCAGGAUGUUAGCCGGUACCAGAGGGUGGAUGAGGCUCUGCCACCAAACUGGGAGGCUCGCAUUGACAGCCACGGACGGAUUUUUUACGUGGACCACGUGAACAGGACAACAACAUGGCAGCGACCCACAGCUCCCCCAGCCCCACAGAUUCUCCAGAGGUCCAAUUCCAUUCAGCAGAUGGAACAGCUCAAUCGCCGGUACCAGAGCAUCCGAAGAACAAUGACAAAUGACAGGCCUGAAGAGCACACAAAUGCCGUGGAUGGAGCUGCAGAGGAAGCUGAAUUUCACCAUUCUAAUUCAGAUUUUCGAAGAGAGAAUGUGCUGCCUCACUCUACCUCCAGAUCCAGGCUUACUUUAUUGCUCCAGUCUCCCCCUGUGAAAUUCCUUAUCAGCCCAGAGUUCUUUACAGUGCUGCAUUCUAACCCUAGUGCCUACCGCAUGUUUACAAAUAACACGUGUCUGAAGCACAUGAUCACCAAAGUCCGGCGGGACACCCACCACUUCGAGCGCUACCAGCACAACCGGGAUCUCGUGGGCUUCCUCAACAUGUUUGCCAACAAACAGCUGGAGCUGCCGAGGGGCUGGGAGAUGAAACACGACCAUCAGGGCAAGGCUUUCUUUGUGGACCACAACUCGCGCACCACGACGUUCAUCGACCCACGGCUGCCCCUGCAGAGCAGCAGGCCCACCAGUGCGCUGGUCCAUCGGCAGCACUUGACUCGGCAGCGCAGCCACAGUGCUGGGGAGGUCGGAGAGGACUCCCGUCAUUCAGGACCCCCAGUUUUGCCAAGACCAUCCAGCACAUUGAACACAGUCAGCAGAGCUCAGUACCAGGAUGUGGUUCCAGUGGCUUACAAUGACAAGAUAGUUGCAUUUUUACGGCAGCCCAAUAUUUUUGAAAUUCUACAAGAGCGUCAACCAGAUCUUACUAGGAAUCAUUCACUCAGGGAGAAGAUCCAGUUCAUCCGGACAGAGGGAACACCUGGGCUGGUGCGCUUAUCCAGUGAUGCAGACCUUGUCAUGUUACUCAGCUUGUUUGAGGAGGAAAUAAUGUCAUAUGUGCCACCACAUGCCUUACUUCAUCCUAGUUAUUGCCAGUCCCCGAGAGGCUCGCCGGUGUCUUCGCCUCAGAACUCUCCAGGUACUCAGCGUGCCAAUGCCCGAGCUCCAGCUCCCUACAAAAGAGAUUUUGAAGCCAAGCUGAGGAACUUCUACAGGAAGUUGGAGACUAAAGGAUAUGGACAAGGCCCAGGGAAACUGAAAUUAAUCAUCCGGAGAGAUCACUUGCUAGAAGAUGCCUUUAACCAGAUCAUGGGCUACUCAAGAAAAGACCUGCAGAGAAAUAAACUCUAUGUCACGUUUGUUGGGGAAGAAGGGUUGGACUACAGUGGACCAUCAAGAGAGUUCUUUUUCCUGGUGUCCAGGGAGCUCUUCAAUCCAUAUUAUGGUUUGUUUGAAUAUUCAGCCAAUGAUACCUACACAGUACAAAUAAGUCCCAUGUCUGCUUUUGUAGACAAUCACCAUGAAUGGUUCAGGUUUAGUGGUCGAAUUCUUGGUCUUGCUCUGAUACAUCAGUAUUUGCUGGAUGCCUUUUUUACAAGACCCUUUUAUAAAGCCCUUCUCCGAAUACUCUGUGACCUGAGUGACCUGGAAUAUCUGGAUGAGGAGUUUCACCAGAGUUUGCAGUGGAUGAAAGACAAUGAUAUACAUGAUAUCCUAGAUCUCACAUUUACUGUAAAUGAAGAAGUUUUUGGGCAGAUCACAGAACGGGAACUAAAGCCAGGAGGUGCCAAUAUCCCAGUCACUGAAAAGAACAAGAAAGAAUAUAUAGAGAGAAUGGUGAAAUGGAGGAUUGAGAGAGGAGUUGUACAACAAACAGAAAGUCUAGUUCGUGGUUUCUAUGAGGUGGUUGAUGCAAGGCUGGUGUCUGUAUUUGAUGCCAGAGAACUGGAACUGGUUAUAGCUGGAACAGCAGAAAUUGACUUGAGUGAUUGGAGAAAUAACACAGAGUACAGAGGAGGUUAUCAUGACAAUCACAUUGUAAUUCGGUGGUUCUGGGCUGCUGUAGAAAGGUUCAACAAUGAACAACGACUAAGACUUUUACAGUUUGUCACAGGCACGUCCAGCAUUCCCUACGAAGGCUUUGCCUCUCUCCGGGGGAGCAACGGGCCCAGGCGCUUCUGCGUGGAGAAGUGGGGCAAGAUCACUGCUCUUCCAAGGGCUCACACUUGUUUCAAUCGUCUGGACCUUCCCCCUUACCCAUCAUUCUCUAUGUUAUAUGAAAAACUGUUGACAGCGGUAGAAGAGACAAGUACUUUUGGACUUGAGUGA